AUGCACGUCGUGGCGCUCGUCAGCGGCGGCAAGGACAGCUGCUACGCCAUGAUGGAGUGCGUGCGGUUUGGCCACGAGAUAGUCUGUCUUGCGCAUCUGCAUCCACCCACUCAUUUGCCCGCAGACGACGCCGAGAUCGACUCGUUCAUGUUCCAGAGUAUCGGGUACCAGACGGUGGAGCUCAUUGCGGCAAGUAUGGAGCUGCCGUUGAUCUCCCAGACGAUUACGGGCACUGCAGUGAAGACGGAGAUUGACUACUACGAGUCCGUUGCGGGUGACGAGGUGGAAGACCUCUUCCGUCUGCUGCAGAAGGUCAAGCAGCAGUUCCCAGACGUUGAGGGUGUGUGUGCGGGCGCAAUUUUGUCCAACUACCAGAGGAAUCGCGUGGAAAACGUGUGCUCGCGGCUUGGACUGACGUCGCUUGGCUACUUAUGGCGCCGCGAGCAGAUCGAAUUGUUGCAGGAAAUGAUUGACUCGAACGUGCACGCUAUUUUGGUCAAGGUGGCUUCCAUCGGUCUGAAUGUCCAGCAGCAUUUGGGAAAGACGAUUGCAGAGCUGCAAGGACAACUCUUGUUGCUGAAAGACAAGUACCAGCUGAACGUCUGCGGCGAAGGCGGGGAAUACGAGACAUUUACUCUGGACUGCCCGCUUUUUAAAAAGCGCAUCGUCAUCGAUGAGAGCCAUACGGUGCUACACUCGGAUGACUAUGUAGCUCCAGUAGCCUUUUUGUCGAUAGACAAGUCCCAUCUGGAAGACAAGGAGCCUGUGGACCCGUCACAAAUAGCCUCUCGGAUCCCAAAACCUUCGCUUUGGCACCGAUCAAGCAGUGCGACGAACUCGGACAAAAAGCCUGCUACCGUGCUUGCAAUCAGCCCGCAGUCUGCAACGAAAUUUGUCCCUGCUUUUGGUCGUUUCCGCGACCAGCUGCAUCUGUCAGGCAUCAUGAGCAGCAGGGCUGGCGAUGCGUCAGUGUCGCUGAAAGAGGAGAUGGUUGACAUUUUUGGCCAGCUGGAGACCAUUCUUAGGAGUCAAAACAUGGUGAGAGCAGACGUGUGCUUUCUGCACCUGUAUGUCCAGGACAUGGCCGCGUUUCGUCAGCUCAACGUCGAGUACGCCCGAUACUUUGGACAAAACCUGCCACCGUCGCGUUGCUGCGUCGAAACGCAGGCAUUGUCGAACGUGCCUGCCCGCGUGCUGUUGGACUGUUUCGCGUUGCGUGGCAGUGGGGAGCAAAAGCUGCAGUCACUGCGUGUACGUCGCGACGUCCUACACGUGAAGAGUGUAUCGACCUGGGCGCCGUGUUGCAUCGGCCCGUACAGCCAAGCGAAUGUGCUUCACAGAGCCCUCAUUUUGUUAGCGGGUCAAAUUGCGUUGUAUCCACCGACCAUGGACCUCGUGCCAGGCGACCAAGCCGCCCAGACAACGCAAUGUUUUCGCAACGCCUGUCGUGUGCUGGAAGCCCUGCAGUCUAAUCUCCGGCACGUGUGUUCUGGCGUGAUUUACACUGCUGGAAGCUCCGACGAUCGAGAAGCUCGAGACUGUUUGGCAGCUGCAAGCCGCCACCAUCUCGUUUCGAACGCAGGACUGGACGAUGCAUUCGAGUGGGUUGACGACAGUGAUGAAAGCGAUGACGAAGUGAGCAAAAGUGAUGCGCGUUUGGCGUUCGUAAAACAGGCUCCUCUACUGGUUGUGCAGGUGUCGAAUCUGCCGCGCGGUGCUUUGGUCGAAAUUGAGCUUCAAGCACUCACGCAUAGUGCGCUAAAAUACUUGGUGCCGCGCAGCUUGCUGCGUUCACGCCGUUCGAACGACCUUUGUUUCGACUGGCAGGUUGGCAUGAUUCCGAGAGCUCUUUGCCAGAUCGUGUGCACUGCGUCAGUUGAAAACAGUGAACGGUACUCCGAUACACGAGCGUUGGCGAAGGCUGUCGCAGAAGGGAUCUGGGCUUGCGUGCUGGACAGCCUGGUGGAAGCCUUGAUGCCUUGGGACCGCGUGAUUUUCGUGCGCACCUUUUACGUGGCAACUGCUUUCUCGAGCGAGGAGGAGCUGGCCAAGACGUACUACGAGACUGUGACAGCACAAGGUAAAGUCAACAGCAUGCCUGGCAUGACGUUUGUUCCUGUGGAUGCUGUCCAAAGCGAUGCAGUAGUCGCACUGCAAGUGACGGCGCAGGAUCUGGAUAAACUGGAGACAGAGCUCUGGCUGCACAAACAAAUUUAG